CAAAUAAAAAAGAGUACAUGGGGGGAAGUGGAAGUCUCGUGGACGGUGUUCGUCGCUGGUUUCAACGUCGCCGUUUGAUUCCUUCUUCUUCGAAUCAACAAAAUAAUAACAUUAUCAUCGAUCAUCAUGAUACUUCUUCUUCAUCCUCUACUACUCUAACCCUCACUCAAAAACAAUCACAAGAAUCAACGGCUGAUAUUGUCGUUCAGGAUUUUGAUUUUUCUUCCUUAAGGCUUGUUAAAGUUCCUAAGCGACAUUACUUUCCUGUUUCUUCCAUGGAUUCUCACAAAAAGCUUCGAAAGAGUGACCUGGAUCUUGAUCCACAAACUCAGCAUCGUUGGUAAAGCAAAUGGAUUCCGGGUUCGAGUUUUUUGUUGAAACCGGGUUGCAUUCAUCUCCAGUUACUCCAACCAUAUGUUUUGAAGAUAAAAAAUGGCGUUUGGCAAGAGAGAAAAUGAGAGAAAAAAUUUUGCUAAAUAGAUGACGUCAUCUAUGACGUCCUGCGCUAUGUGGCAUGCCACAUGGGCUAUUAUGUUGACCUACAGUUUGAUUAACAGUCAACUCACGUUGACCGUUAAAAUUGGAUGGAUUUCUUAAAAAAUUGUAAUGUUGAGGGUGUCAAUAAAAAAAUAAAAAGGUCAAGGGCACAAAACCAAAAGCCCCUAAACGUUGAGGGUUUUUUUUUUACAAUUAUGCCUAAAAAAUUAGGCAAAUUUUAAAUUUUAAAAUGGUAAAAAAGAUGUUGCGAAGGAUUUAAAUAAAAAAAACAAAGUACGAAAUCUCAAAGAACCUCCCCAAUUAAAAAAAAUUCUAUAAAAUUGACAUAAAAAAUAGAAAAAUGGAAAAUAUUUCUUAGAAGAAUAUUGAAAUCCUACAAAGAGAUUUUGUUUACCCUUUUUUUUUAGUAAACAGGAAAACAACGAACAUAAACUAAUUAAACAUAAGCAAAUCAAAAAAAGAGGGGUCCAAUGCAAUACUGUUCAAGACUCUCUUAGGGUAUGUUUGGUUUACUGUAAUGGAAUAGAGUUGUAAUUGAAUAGAGCUGUAAUGGAUUAAAGCUGUAAUCAGUAAUUCAACUUGUAAUGCCUAAAA